AUGACAAACAAACACAAACCGUUACACGCGACAACUACGCUGGACACCACCGAAGCCUUUAAAUAUAUUUGGUCGUGCUGGCGACUCUUUGGUAUGCAUCGCGAUUUAUAUGAACGCCGGCUCAACUGGGUUUAUCUCAUUCUACUCAAUUUGUAUUGUGGAGUAAUUUAUCCGAUGCUUUAUAUCGGCUCGUUCUUCACACCCAUGGAUUUGAGUCAGAAACUAGCCAAUAUCAGUGUUGCUGUGCCGAUACUUUACACUUUCGGCAAGCAUGUCGUUAUAGUUUAUUAUAUACGUGAAGAUCUGCCGAAAGCCUUAGCACAAUUGAAAGCAUUAGAUAGGCUCGCGGAGACGCGUUCGGAGGAUCGUGCUUAUAUGCAGAAGAUGGUGAAGAAUUGUCACUUGGUAUUUUUCGUAAGUUUUGUUAGCUUCUGGUUUGCCUUACUCUCCUAUGGUGUACUGGAAGUUUUUCGCCAUAAAUUACCCUUCGAAGGUUGGGUACCGUUCGAUUGGACGCGUUCGGAGGCCGCUUAUGUGGGCGCUUGUGCCAUACAAUUGAUCGGGUUGGGUAUAGAAACGACGACUGCUGUUUGUUGUGAUACCUAUGCGGUUACGUAUUUAAUUUUGUUGGUGGCGCACUUGCGUGUCUUGAAUGGACGCAUUGAACGUGUGGGUAGCGCUGGUGCGGCGAGUGAUGCGGAGAGCUAUCGGGAGCUGGUCGCUUGUGUGGAAUAUCAUAAAGAGUGCAUGAGCUACUACAACAGCUUACGUCCAACGCUCUCUGGCAUUUACUUUAUACAGUUUCUCAGCACCGGUUUGGGUCUCAGCAUGCCGGCUAUUGCUUUUGUCGGUGGAAAUUUCAGUUUCUCUCAUGUAAUAAAAUUCCUAAUUAUUUUUGGUGCCAUAAUUAUCGAAGUGGCGCCGUGUUGUUGGUUCAUGGACGAGGUUUUGUUUGAAAUGCGCAGAUUGACCAAUGCCAUGUUCUCGUGUCGUUGGUACGAACAGAAUUUGAAAUUCCGCAAUGCUCUGAUUAUCUUCAUGCAACGUUCGCAAAUAGCUCAACCGGUAUUAGCGGGCAAUUUAAUCCCUGUCUCUUUGGAGACUUUUACAAAUAUAAUUAAGUUUGCAUUUUCAUUGUUUACAUUGUUAAACCAGUUGAAUUCUUAA